AUGGAAAAUGAAGACGCGAUGCGAUUUUUUAUUGAGAAUCCGGCCCCUCCUACUUUAAGCGAUGUGGAAAAUAAGGUGAACAAGUUCAUUGAUUUGCAGCCUGAAAAUAGGAACGUCGUCUUAGUCACUAGCGGUGGAACUUUGGUUCCUAUGGAAAAAAACAUGGUUCGCUACAUAGACAAUUUUAGUGCAGGAAGCAGGGGAGCUGCAUCUGCUGAGUACUUCUGUAAAGCAGGAUAUGCUGUUAUUUUCCUCUAUAGGAACUUUAGUAUGAUGCCUUUCGUUAGGCACUUUGAAGGGCCAUGGACGAACCUCUUCGCUAAAAAGGAUGAUGAAUCCCCUUUAUCUUGGGAAAUUAAAGAUUCCCUUAGAAAUAUGUUAAGUAAUUCGCUUGAAGACUUGGAACUUAUGAAGGAGCAGAAUCAGUUGCUUUGUUUACCAUAUACAAUGCUUACUGAAUAUUUAUGGUAUUUGAAAACCGUAGCGGAAGGAUUAAAAUGUUUGAGAUCGAGAGCUUUGUUUUACCUGGCAGCUGCUGUUAGUGAUUUUCAUAUACCUGCGCAGGACAUGAGUGAGCACAAAAUUCAAAGUGGAGCCGGAAAAGAUAAACUUGAACUUACUAUGCGCCCCGUCCCGAAAUUUCUUCGUUAUCUGGUUGAUUCUUGGGCGCCGGAGGCAUUGAUUAUUUCGUUUAAACUGGAGACUGAUGAGAAUAUUUUGAUUCAUAAGGCUAGGGCUGCUUUACAUCGUUAUAAUCAUCAGCUAGUCAUUGCCAAUUUGUUAACGACUCGAAAGAGGUCAGUUGCGUUUGUCAUCCACGAUUCUGUUAUGUGGUUGCACCUUUCUGAAGAUGAUUUAAGGAAUGGUGUCGAAAUUGAAUAUUAUAUAGUUUCUCAGUGUGUUAAAUUACAUAAAGAAAAAAAUCUAACAUGA